GGAUGGAUGAGAGGACCUGUGUAGACUACCGAGGUACUUUGCUAAUUACCUACCUAGUAGUUCUACUUUUACAUCCAUGGACAGUACCUAACAAGAGCUUAUGUGGGAAUACGAAAAUCCUCCCGUUCUUGCUCGCAACUAAAAAUUCAACUACGAAACAGUCGGCGGGGGGAGAAAGAUGCUUAUUGGGAUUUGUGGAGCAAAAUGUGCCGGUAAGAGCACAGUAGCUCAGUACCUAAUAGAUCAUCAUGGCUUCAAAAAGCUAUACUUAGAGAUAACAGCACCGUCAAGCAAUGCCUCUUUAGGCCUUUCUGGGUCCGAGACAGAUGCAGCCACCCCUGACGCCGCCGAGAAAAGCCCCCCUCAGCAUUUAAAGCAGACAUCAGCGCCUUAUUCCUUUUCGGAGACCACAGAACUUCUAGACUUUGUCACCAAAUAUUGGCGGUCUCGCUGGGUAACAACAGAUAUCCACGACGAAACCGUUCUCGAGACUCUCAGCAGGCGGCCAUUCUUUAUCUUGAUUAGUGUUGACGCGCCACUUACUGUGCGCUGGCAGCGUUACCAACGUCGAUCCAGCAAGCAGCAAGAGACGGCACGCAAAGAUCUCAUUACGCUUGAAGAUUUUGUAUCUCAAUCUGAUCAGCAUCUGUACGAUGCCACUUAUGGUGUCCUGCCGCUCAUGUCACGGGCCGCAAUCCGGCUUCUGAAUACCUCUUCAAAUCUAGCACACUUAUAUGCGACGCUGGGUAAACUAGACCUGACGAACCCUGAUCGUCUACGGCCUAGUUGGGAUAGUUACUUCAUGUCGUUGGCAUCUCUGGCAGCGCAUAGGUGUAACUGCAUGAAACGGGCCGUAGGGUGCGUGUUAGUGGACUCUAAACAUCAUGUCAUUAGCACGGGCUACAAUGGCACGCCAAGGCAUCUGUUAAACUGUGGAGAGGGUGGAUGUCCGCGGUGCAAUGCAGGGGAGAGCAGCGGGGUGUCGCUGUCUACCUGCCUUUGCCUCCAUGCCGAGGAAAAUGCGUUGCUAGAGGCCGGUCGUGAGAGGAUUCGCGAUGGAAGCAUCUUGUACUGUAAUACGUGUCCCUGCCUGACGUGUAGUAUCAAGAUCGUGCAAGUCGGUAUUAGUGAGGUAGUGUAUAGCCAAGGGUAUAGCAUGGAUACAGAAACAGCCCAGGUCUUCAGAAAUGCUGGAAUUAAACUAAGACAAUUCUCUCCGCCAGCCAAUGGGUUAGUUCAUUUAGAAAAGAUGGAUCUCUACUAGAGUAGACCAUGCUGGAUGGUACCUACUUUUGCAGUCAUCCAGAACAACAGAGCUAUGGUUAUGGGAUCACAAUACCCAACAUAGUCCGAUUAGGAAUGGGGCAAAGCACGUCACUAUGAAUUCUUCAGAGCUCUUAGACA